ACGGAGGUGGUGCGUAAAGUGGCCUCGUCCUUCUUCUGCCUGCUGGUCUUCCUGUCCGUCUGUAAAGUCUUCCCCGUGGAGCGGAACAUCGACGACGACUUCAUCGCCAACACGCCGGUCUACGGCCAGGUGGUCUACCUGUACCUGUCCAUGCUGACCACCAGACCCAAGUACUACUUCGUCUGGACGCUCGCUGACGCCAUCAACAACGCCGCCGGCUUCGGCUUCAACGGCUACGCCAGCGACGGCUCCCCUCGCUGGGACCUCAUCUCCAACCUGAGGAUCCUCAACAUCGAGUUAGCCACGAGCUUCAAAGUGUUCCUCGACAACUGGAACAUCCAGACGGCUCACUGGCUCAAAAG